AUGCCAGACUCAUAUCUCGAAAUGGUAGCUCGAGCAGUACGGGCUAGAUCACGCAUUCGCAGCUACAUAUACCUGACUCCACUGAUCCCAUCACGGAUUAUUGGGAAGGCUAACAGCACUGAAGUCCUUUUCAAGACUGAGAAUUUCCAAACAACGGGAUCCUUCAAAAUCAGAGGCGCGAUGUCCAAAUUGUCCAUCCAACCUUCUAGCGAACGAUUGAUCACAGCAUCAUCAGGAAACCAUGGAAUUGGCGCCGCGCAUGCAGCACAGGCUCUCUCAAAGUCGUUGACAAUUGUACUGCCUGAAACAGUUGUGCCUGAGAAGUUGAGCAAGAUCCGAUCAUAUGGAAUUGAUGUGGUCUUACAUGGCAGUGAAACAGGCCUAGCAGAGCAGCAUGCGCAACAUCUCGCAAAAUUUGAGAACUAUACAUAUGUGUCGCCUUACAACGAUCCGGAUAUCGUUGCUGGACAGGGAACUUUGGCUCUCGAAAUGUUGGAACAAUGCGACCACAUCGACAAUGUAUUCGUUUCCAUGGGUGGUGGUGGCUUGAUCAGUGGCGUCGGGGCAGUCAUGAAAGCCUUCAGUCCGCGGACAAGAAUUUUCGGGGUUGCCGCAACGAAUUCUAAAGCCCUUGCAGAGUCCAUAGCUGCAGGCCAUGUAGUCGAAUCCCAGCAACUAAGCACAUUGGCCGAUGCGAUAGCGGGAGGGAUUGACACAGAUACAAUAACGCUGCCAUUGGCGAUGACUGUGGUCGAUCAAGUUCUCGAAUGCGACGAGGAAGAGAUUAGGAGCGCCUUGAGAGAACUUGCACUGUCGGAGAAUUUGAUGGUUGAAGGUUCCGCUGCUCUUGCGGUGGCUGGCUUCAAUAAGGUUGCCUCAAGUUUAACCGGCCAGACCAACGUUAUUGUGAUAUGUGGUGGAAAUUUCAACCAGGAUACCAUUGUGAAUGCUAUCCUUGCUGGCUAG